CUUUCCUGUAAGUCGGUCAUGGAGGCUGUGGGUGGUGAGGUUUCAGCGGAAAGGAGGACGCCAAAUCCUCCACCAGCCAACGAAUCCUUCAGGGGCCGAGUUCUCACUUCCCGCUCCCUGGCUAUUGCUGGACUGACUUUGUUGUUCCGGGUCACCGGCUGUGCUGGCCAUUCUGACCAUCAAUCUAUU